AUGGAUAUCGACCCUCUACCGGCUGAUCAACACCGAGGAUUGGUAGCUAUAGCGGUCUUCGCGCUGAUAUCCCUCAUCGCGACCUUGGCUCUCAUUUCGUUCAUUACAUACCGAUUGAUAUUCUGGCGUUCCAACUAUGCGAGAUACAUCGGUUACAACCAAUACAUUAUUCUUAUCUAUAAUCUUGUGUUGGCCGACUUGCAGCAAUCGCUCGCCUUCUUGAUUUGUUUCAAAUGGAUCACAGAGGACAAGAUCACAGCUGACUCAGCGGGAUGCUUCCUCGAAGGAUUAUGGCUGCAGAUAGGAGAUCCUGCCAGUGGUCUGUUUGUGCUCGCCAUCGCCAUCCAUACGUUCCUUCUGGUAGCUUUGGGACACAAGAUGAGCCAUAGGUCUUUCGUCAUUGCGGUUGUUGGCCUGUGGGUCUUCAUCGUCGUUCUGGUCAUCAUUCCGCUGGCUUCUCACGGGCGAUACGUUUUUGUUCCUUCGGGAGCUUGGUGCUGGAUUAGCGAGGAGUAUGAAGCCGUCCGGUUAUGGACACACUAUAUCUGGAUUUUCCUUGCGGAAUUCGGCACUGUUUCUCUUUACGCCAUUAUGUGGUUUCAAUUGCGUCGAAGAAUCGCCCAAUCAGCCAUUCUUGGAAGCAGCCACACGGAGAGUCUCCGUCGCCUUCGCCGUGUCAUCGGAUACAUGGUUAUCUACCCUAUUGCUUACAUUAUUCUCUCGCUUCCCCUUGCCGCUGGACGUAUGGCUACAGCUCAAGGUAAAAGCCCAAGUAUGGUUUACUUCUGUGUUGCCGGUGCCGUCAUCACUAGCUCUGGCUGGGUCGAUGUGCUUCUUUAUACCCUCACACGUCGCAACUUGAUCAUCGAAUCCGAGCCAAGCAAUGACCGCAGCUACAACAAAUUUGCAAGCAGCAAGGGCCGCAAGACGGACAAUCACCUUACCACCAUCACCGCCGACCCGAAGCUCACUCGGACCGAUAUCAGCGCUCUGCGCACCCAUAGAGGUCGCGACGACGAGGACGAUAUUAUCGACCAAACUAUGCGCGAUGGCUCCACGGACAACAUCGUGCAGAAUGGUGUCGAGAUGACGCCUAUCGGAAAGGUGUAUCAGCACACUACGAUUGAAAUUACAUCCGAACCAGCAUAUCCGGACGCGGGUGAAGGAAGCGACCGAUCCAGCAAAGGUUCCAUGAGCCAUCCCAAAAGUCCCGACCCAUCUUCUAGGAUGUGGGGGAGAUAG